UACAUUCUUUUAUUCCAUUUCAGAUCUAAACAUUUCAUUCGGUACUUCUUUUUGUUAGUAUAUAUGCUCUUUUUAUUUUUGGAUUCCCCUUUUGAGUUUUGAUUGCUUAUAUUCUGUCCCCGUUUGCUUUCUGGAUUGUUUUUCUAAGGUGCAUAUAUCCUUGUAAGAUGGACGGGAUUAUAGUUAGAAGGGUGAUUCCCUCGGACAACAGUUGCCUUUUUAAUGCUGUUGGAUAUGUUAUGGACCAUGACAAAAAUAAAGCUCCAGAAUUGAGACAGGUUAUAGCGGCAACUGUGGCAAGUGAUCCUGUAAAAUAUUCCGAAGCUUUUCUUGGAAAGCCAAACGAAGAGUAUUUUUCCUGGAUUCAGGACUCAGAGAAGUGGGGAGGUGCCAUUGAACUCUCCAUAUUAGCGGAUUAUUAUGGACGUGAAAUUGCAGCAUAUGAUAUUCAGACCACUAGAUGUGAUUUAUAUGGCCAGGAAAAGAAGUAUUCUGAAAGAGUUAUGCUGAUCUAUGACGGGCUUCAUUAUGAUGCUUUAGCUAUGUCUCCAUUUGAGGGAGCUCCGGAGGAGUUUGAUCAGACUAUAUUUGCUGUGCGGAAGGACAGGACCAUUGGGCCAGCUGAGGGACUUGCUCAUAAUUUUGUUAAGGAGCAACAAAGGAAAAGGAGUUACACGGACACUGCCAACUCACUUUGCGUUGUGGAGUAGCCAAAUUGGCGUCAUUGGCCAGAAGG